AUGAAUGCACAGGACAAAGCAAAGCAGACUGUGGGCUACUACGCAGUCGACACUUUUGUGCGGAGCGGCAUGCGCGUCGGUCUCGGCACCGGAACUACUGCCAAGUUCGUUGUCGAGAGAAUCGGCCAGCGCAUGCAGGAGGGAACUCUCAAGGAUCUCCUCUGUGUCCCGACCAGCGAGGCAACCCGCAAACAGGCGGAGAGCUUGGCAAUUCCUCUCACCACGCUGGACGGCAUCGACGAUUGCCUCGAUGUGGCGAUUGACGGAGCAGACGAAAUUCUUCCUCCCGCUCUCGGGCUCGUGAAAGGCCGCGGCGGCGCCUUGCUGCGGGAGAAAAUGGUUGCGGCGGCUGCAAAGACGUUUGUCGUGGCUGCCGAUGAAUCGAAACUCGUCUCCAACGGCAUAGGGUCCACAGGGGCUCUGCCCGUUGAGGUCGUCGUCUUUUCCAACUCCCACACAAAGCGCCUGAUUUCCGCGUUGCCGUCUGUGAGAAGCCACGGUGGGCGGGCGGAGUUCCGGAGAAAAACUCCCGCUGCGUCUGGCGAGACACGGGACGCGAAGGGCGACUUGGAAGACGUGAAGGAAGAAGACCGAUUCGUUACAGAUAAUGGGAACUACAUCGUCGACCUCUACUUCAAAGAUACCGUGACGGACCUUCAUGAAAUGGACAAAGAAAUCAAAAGCAUUCCUGGAGUCGUCGAGACAGGCCUUUUCCUCGACUUGGCCUCAGUGUGCCUGAUUGGCAAGGCUGACGGCUCCGUUGCGACUUUGACUGCAGAAAGCAAAUAA